AAGUCGAAACAGAUAGUGGACUCAAAAGGGCUCCGCGGAAUUUGAAGAGUAGAACUACUGUUUACCUCAGAUUUCCUCUCAGAAGAUUCCAGUGAUAAAAAUUUUUGAGUUAUUUAACAUUUUUAAAGCCAUUUAUGAACAUGGCCUCUACUCCUGUGAAGACGUCGAUUGGAUGCAUGGAAUUUGGACGGCAGUGUACUUUCGAUCAGUCCAAAGAGUUUGUUAAAAUCUGUCUGAAAAAUGACGUGUACGAUUUCGACACAGCUUACAUGUAUGCUGGAGGGAAGAGUGAAGAAUUUAUGGGAGAAAUGGACAUUCUUAAAGAUCCCAAGGUAUUUCUUGCUACAAAGGCUAAUCCAUGGAGUGAUAAAGGCUUGAAGUAUGACAGAGUCAUUGAGCAGAUGAAUGAAUCUCUUAAAAGACUGAAGAGAGACUCUGUGGACCUUUUUUACCUCCAUGCGCCAGAUCAUAACACACCCAUCGAGGAGACACUUGAAGCUGUCAAUCAACUUUACAAAGAGGGAAAAUUCAAAACUUUUGGUCUUUCCAAUUAUGCUUCAUGGGAAGUGGCAGAGAUUUAUUACCUGUGCAAGAUGAACAACUAUCCAUUACCUAAAGUGUAUCAAGGAAUGUACAAUCCUGUUACAAGGGAUGUUGAAAGAGAACUCUUUCCUUGCCUGAGAAGACUUGGAAUGUCGUUCUAUGCGUACAACCCGCUCGCAGGUGGACUAUUGACAGGGAAACAUCGAUACGAAGACAGAGAGAACGGAACUAUUCAGCAUGGCCGUUAUGGAGGCACGGGCCCGUGGGCUGACGUCUACGUGAAGCGUUUUUGGAAGAAGCCGUUCUUUGAUUUACUUGACAAACUCAGAACGACACUGGAUCGUAUUUAUGGUGAAGGAAAAGUGACUUUGAUUGACGCAUCUCUCAGAUGGAUGUACCAUCAUUCAAAGAUGGACGGUGCUUGUGGAGAUGCUGUUAUUAUUGGUGCUUCGUCUGUGAAACAUUUGGAAGAAAAUCUUAAGAGUGCUAAACAUGGUCCCAUACAUGAAGAUGUGGUCGCAUUAUUCGAAGAGGCCUGGGGCCAAAUUAAGGGCGACUGUCCUUACUAUUUCCGCUGAAGGACCCAACUGAGGGCUCAUCCGGGAAGAGUU